CGAGAACAAAUCCCACAGUCUAGCCUUCCCAGGCAUGCGGUGCCGGAUGCUCCAGCUCUUUUUCUCGUUGAUGCUGGUAUCACUGGGCAGCGUCGGGCUCUCAGGGGCAGGUGAAAUCGAGUGUAACAGGACCCGGCAAGUGGCUUGUGGUGAGAAGUGCAUUCCUGUGGCCUGGCUCUGCAAUGGCGAGCAAGAAUGCCCGGAUGGGACCGACGAGCAGUGUGAGGAAACUUGCCUUGGGCACCGGCAAGCCUGGCAGUGUGAUGAUGGGAAAUGCAUUCCUACCAGCUGGCUUUGUGACGGUGCCAGGGACUGCUUAGAUGGCUCCGACGAGGUUAACUGUGAGAUCUUGACAGCGUGUCCCGACUACAAAAUCCAGUGUCCGGGAAAGGCUCAGUGUCUGGAUGCUUGGGAGCACUGUGAUGGCCAUCAGGACUGUGACGAUGACUCCGUAAAAGCACACUGUCCCCACAGCCGUUGCUUGGCGGGGCAGUGGCAAUGCCGGAAUCGCGCAUGCGUCAUGGCCAGCUGGAGGUGUGAUGGCAUUGACCACUGCGGUGAUGCCUCGGACGAGGAGGGCUGUGCCACCUGUCCAGAAGGCGCUGUUAGCUGUGACGGAGGGAAAUGCAUCCCAGACUCUUGGAUGUGUGAUGGGAAAGCUGACUGUACAGAUGGUACUGAUGAACCCAGCACGUGCGGUAAAAACUGUUCCCUGCUGAAUGGUGGCUGUGAGGGGUCAUGCAGUGAUACCCGCUGGGGUGUCCAGUGUUCCUGCACAUCAGGGUGGCAGUUGCAGCCGGAUGGAUGGAGCUGUGGAGAUGUAGAUGAGUGCUCUCUGGCGUAUGGUCCUUGUAGCCAACUGUGUCAUAACACACCAGGCUCUUACUCCUGUGGCUGUAUUCAAGGUCACCAGCUCUACAAUGGCACAGACUGUCGGGUUACAGAUGACGAUGUUAAAAUUCUUAUAGCAGCAGAUAAAGAGCUUGGCAUCCUGGACCGAAGAACAGGCAUCUAUGAGAUGCUCAUCCCUGUAAAGUCAAGGCCCAGUUCUGUUGCUUAUGACCUGAACAGAAACAUGUACUUCUGGGUGGAUAAAGUCUUGAAUGUGUUCAUUCUUGGGAAGCCAAGCUCUGUUCCCCUCUACCCAGAACUCCCACCCGUGAGCAGUAUUUCUCUGGACUGGUUUACGGGUCAGUUGUACUGGGCUAGUAGCUCUGCGCGGGUCAUCUGUGCUGGCUUAAGCGAUGGCAGAGGCUACGUCAAAAUCUUGGAAAAGGAUCUUGUGCCGGAGGAGCUCGUGGUGUUUCCUGCAAAGAAGUAUUUGUACUGGGUAAAUCGGAGUGAGAGCGGAGUGAAGACAGUUGAGACUGCAGGAAUGGACGGCUCCGACAGGAAGACAUUAGCAGUGGUGACCGCAGAGGAGCCUUUAGGGCUGACACUUGAUUACGUGACUGGCAGACUCUACUGGAUCGGUGGCUAUAAAGAGUCCAUAGAGACCGUGAAAGUGGACGGCAGUGGGAGGCACACCUUUCCUGGGGUAUUUUUGGAAGAUGAAGAUCCCGUUGGUCUGACUGUGUUUGAGAAUGCUUUCUUCUGGGCAAAUCAAACUCAACUGGUCCGGACCUCGCCCAGCAGUCCGAAGGAGAGAGAGGUGUUGCUCCACGCCUCCGGUGCCUCCGUGUCUGCUCUCUCAGUCCUCCACAGAUCUCAGCAGCCCAAAAGUAGACACUCGGCAUGUGUUCCGGGUUCUUGCAGCCAUCUGUGCCUCCUGUCCCCCAUCCAUCCCAAGGGCUACAAGUGUGUCUGUCCAGAGGGACUGUUUCUUUUACCUUCUGGCACUUGCAGUGAGCUGAAAGUUGUGUUUUCUUCUGGCAAGCGUCUAUACUUGCUGAAAGUCAGCUCUAUGGGAUCUGCUAUAGAAAGAACUCUAGUGGAGGAGCAUGCUGGGAACCUCUACUUACUGGAUGUGGACUGGAAAAGAAAGUUCAUCUAUUGGUCAGAUGCCCAGGGUCAUCUCAUUUAUUCAGAGGGAUUUUCAGGGCAAAAGCGAGAGAUUUGGACCCAGCAUACAGUCUGCUCAGCAAAUGUGGACAUCUCUACCGGGAACCUGUUCUGGCUACCCUGUGACCGAAGUACGAUUCAGAAGACCAGAGUUCCUGGCCCUGACUCCUACACUCUCUACAGCACUGGCAAUGUUAUACUACAGCUGCUUCUAGACUGGCCUAGACGGGUGCUAUACUGGGUGGAGAGUGGGAGGCCCCUUCAAAGCAUGACCCUCGACGGCAAAACCAGACAGGAAGUCUGGAGAGGCACCUGGGCCGCAGACACCAGGAUGGCCUUGGACCUUGGGUCUGCUAGUAUCCUCUGGACCACCAAAGGGUUGGGGUUGCACAGUCUCAGUCUACUAAAGAACCGAACAUGCUCCCUGAACGCAUCCUGGAGCGAUGUAGUUAUGGCGGCCCAUGAGCCCUACCUGGUGACGGCAGACAAGGCAGCUCUUGUGCUGUGGAACAGGAAGACACUGGAGCCCUUCUCCACACUGAAGGAGCUGCACAUAAAGAAAAUGAUCAUCUUGGCAGAAAACCAGAAAGUUCCAGACCCUGGGCUUAUGGAGACAGUGCCUGCUGUCUCUUCUCCUCCCGUUCUCUGCACCCGGUCCUCUGUCCCCUGUCAGGAUGGGAAGGGAUGCAUUCCCAGGGAGUCCCUCUGUGAUGGUGCACGUGACUGUCAGGAUGGCUCAGAUGAAGAGAACUGCUCCCGGGUCUGCCAUCAACCAGGGGUUUUCCAGUGUCUGGAUGGAAGCGGGUGCAUAGAGGAGAAAGACCACUGCGAUGGAGCUCAGCAGUGCCCGGAUGGGUCCGAUGAGCUGGGCUGCUGGAGGCCUGCUGAAGACUGCUCACUGCGCUGUGACAACAAGACCCGCUGUAUCCCUAAGAGCUGGCAGUGUGAUGGGAAACUAGACUGUUUGGACAGAAGAGAUGAGCAAGGGUGCGUUCGUGAAGAAUGCAGCUCCUCUGAAUUUCAGUGUGGGAAUGGCCAAUGCAUCUCGUCUUCUCUGCAUUGUGAUGGGAACCGAGACUGCCUGGACCACUCAGAUGAGGAAGGAUGCCCUGUUGCCCUACGGUGUCCAGAAGGGGAGAUGAGAUGUCUGAAGAGUGGAGAAUGUGUGUUGACAGAGUGGAUAUGUGACCAUGAUGCAGACUGCAAAGAUGGGACCGAUGAGAAGGACUGUGACCCCGAGGUUCUUCCUUGUGGCCCAAGGCAGUGGGCCUGUAGAAGUGGAGAUCAAUGUGUACCUGAUUUCUGGCACUGUGAUGGACAGAGUGACUGCAGAGACAGCAGUGACGAGGCUGAGUGUGCUCCGCAGAAGUGCCUGGAUUCCGAGUUCCAGUGUGCCACUGGUGCUUGCCUCAGCUUCAGCGUGGUGUGUGAUGGGCGAGAGGACUGUGCGGAUGGUUCAGAUGAGGGUGGAGAGUGUUCUUCGUCAGCCUGCAGCCCCGAGCAAUGUUACCAUGCCUGCUACCAGACCCCAGCUGGGCCAGUGUGUGCUUGUGCCCCAGGUUUUGAACUGGAUAACAGCAGUCAAAUUUGUCAGGAUGUAAAUGAGUGCCAGCGGCCAACUGGUCGACCUUGCAGUCAGACCUGUGUCAAUACUGAGGGCUCAUAUAACUGUGCCUGUCACCCUGGCUACUUGCUGGGCCCUGAUGGCCACACUUGUAAGGCAACAGGUGCUGAGCCAAUCCUGCUUGUUGCAAUUGAGUUUAACCUAUUCCUUUCCGGACUGCGAAGCUUGAAAGAAGAUAUCCUGGCAACUACUGACAAGACCCUGGCUAUCUACUCUGUGGACUAUGACUUAGUGGAUCAGAAAAUCUUCUGGGCAGAUCCCAGUGCAGAAACUAUAAGGUGGAUGAGUAUGGCCACGAAGAAGGAUGGGAUAGUGGUGAGAGGGAUAAAGCCAGACUGUAUAGUGGUUGACUGGAUUGGAAGGAAUCUCUACUGGACUGAUAGGGGAGCUGGCCAGAUUUUAGCAAUUCAGUUAACUGCUAUUGAGAGAGGAAAGUCCGAGCACACAGUUGUCCUGGAUGAUGUGCUUCAGCCCCAGUCUCUGGCUUUGGAUCCCCUAAAUGGACUGAUGUACUGGUCCAAAAUUGGAGGAGAACCUCAAAUAGAACAAGCUGGCAUGGAUGGGAGCAGCAGGAAGACGCUUGUCAAUCAAGGUCUUGGUCAGCCAACUAGCCUCGCCCUUGACCAGUCAAGCUGGAAGAUAUUCUGGUCUGAUGAGAAAUUUCACUGCAUUGGCUCUGCCAACCUGGAUGGCAGUGGCGUUAGUAUGUUGCGGCUAACACAAAUCAAGAACCCCUUUUCAGUCGCUGUGUUUGAAGAUAAGAUCUUCUGGUCUGACCUGAAGACGAGAACGAUACAGCAGGUGGAGAAGAUGACAGGCAAGGACAGGACUGUCCUCAUCAAGCGUUCUGGACGGCCCUUUGGACUCAAGAUCAUGCAUGAAGUCCUCCAGCCCAAGGCUUCCAGCCCUUGCCUGGACAGGGGAUGUUCUCACUUGUGCCUUUUGAGCCCACGGGCUAAAGGAAGCUGUCGUUGCCCGGUUGGCCUCCUGCUGGCAGAUGAUGGAAUCACCUGUGUCUCUCUCCAAGAGUCUGCCUUUGUGUUCCUGGUAUUGCCCACUGUUCUCACCCAGAUCUAUCUGAAAAACCUUAAGACUGCGACACAACAAACAACUCUACCAGAACACAGAACGCUCCCCUUCACCAGCGUCAAUCAGCUGGCCUCGGUGGAUUAUCUCAUCCAGGAAAAGGCCCUCUACCUGUCAGAGCUAAAUACCAGUGACAUCAGGCUACUGAGGCUGGAAGAACCAGGGAUCCUGUCAUGGCAGAGAAUCGUAUCUGGGAAGGGGACAGUGGUUGACUUUGCUCUGGACUGGCUGAGUGGGAACAUAUAUUGGAUUGCCAGUGAGAACCCCCACGUCAAUGUUGCUUCCUCCAAAGGCCAACAUCCCAUAGUCUUGCUCAGCAAAAACCUUUACCACCCGACCUCCAUUGUUCUCCACCCACCUACGGCAGUCAUGUGCUUGGCAGACCUGGGUUCUCAGGAUGAGAGGAGACAUGGUGCCAGCAUUGAAUGUGCCUCUAUGGAUGGCGGCAGGAGAAGGGCGCUGUGGCUGAAGUCCCAGAUACCUGUAGGCCUGGCCUUUUCGGAUUCAGGGACCCGAGUAUACUGGGCUGAUACUGGGCAGGGGCUUAUCCAAAGUAUUCAGCUAGAUGGCUCAGGAUACAGAGUUGAGCACCAAGGAAUAAAGGGUCUUCGCCUCUUUGCAUGUGGCCAAGACAUGAUGCUGUGGACAACAGUUGAUGAUGCCCAGAUCACCAAAGUUUGGUACAGCAAAGCUCAAGUCUCGGAAAAUCAAUGGUUCCAAGUAGACCAGAAGGUUGUAGACCUAAAAGUUUAUAGUACACUUAGUCAACAGGGUAACAACAGCUGCUCCAAAGACAAUGGAGGAUGCAGUCACAUCUGUUUACCAAAUCCUGAGGGCAAGACUUGCAGGUGUCCCGUGGGGUACUGCUUGGUUGAUGGUCACUCGUGCGUGGAAGCUGUCCAAUGCUCUCCGCCAUCACGGUGUUGUAAGGAUGGUCAGAAGUGCAUUUCCACGGAGCAAGUUUGUGACGGUCAUGUUGACUGUCUGGAUGGAUCUGAUGAAGUGGCCUGUCUGAAUCCAGAUAGAAGCCAUUCCACAUCAAUACCCAAGAAGCCGGAAGUUCAGAAAAGGUUGACACCAGAAGCUUCCAAACUUUUCCAGGCUACUGAGUCCACCACAGGUGAACAUCUAGGACAAGAAGGGAUGAGGCAUCCUGCCAGAAAAACACUAACCACGCCAAUGCCUGCCCCAGAGAACAAGGUCCCCCAAACCAAGGGAAGAGAGGAAACUGUUGAGUCCAGGGCUCUACCAGAGGCAAAUCAUGUGCCCUGUAACCAAGACUUUUGCAAUGGGAGAGGGGUCUGCACCAUGGAAGGAAAGCUGAGGAGAUGCCUCUGCCUGGCGGAAUAUAAUGGAGAGUUCUGCCAAGAAGUAGCCCGUGGCUCGGCUACUGGCUAUGUGGCCCUGAGUGUUGCAGUUGCUUUAUCGGCUAUUCUGGCUGUUCUGGGGCUAUUUCUGCAUUUCAGAAGAAAACGUAAAUCCAAAAGAACAUCGUCAAGAAAUGUGGACUAUGAUAAAGAAAACAGCCAAGAAGAAGAAAAUCUAAUGAAUAGCGAAACUUUUGUCAAUGAAGUCUUUGAUGAGCAGGAAUCCUUAACCUCUUUACAAACUGAAUGACCUCGUUAACAAAGAGCUGACACCUCUCAAUAAAUAUUGUCUGUCCA